AUGAGUUGUUCAGAUGAAGAGAAAGUGGAAUUGGCUGCGUAUCAUCUCCGGGAUCAGGCAGUCACAUGGUGGGAGAUGCAGAAGACAAUCUUUGGGGAACAGCGCAUCACAUGGGUGAUGAUCCGGGAUGCUUUUGAGCGCCAGUAUUUUCCAGCCACAUUCUGUUUAGCUCGUCGCCAGGAAUAUCUGAAUCUCAAGCAGGGCGAUCGAUCGAUGAUGGAGUACAACGCUGAAUUCUGUAGAUUGGCUGAGUUUUGCCCUCAUUUGGUGGCACAGGAUUAUGACCGGAUGCAGCAGUUCACCCAGGGUUUAGCAGCAUAUAUUCGGCUCAGGAUGUCAGGAUUUCCAGGUAGCUCCUACCGAGAAGUUUUGGAUCGUGCACUGUUUAUCGAGAUGACUCAGCAGCAGGUAAAUCAGGAGAAAGGCCAUGAUAAGCAGUCGUCACAAAAGAGAGGGAACAAAUGUCAGAGUUCACAGGCUACCACGGGAGGAUCUUCUCGGCCGUAG